GGCUUAUAUUGAAGAGCUGCUGAGCGCUUAUGUGUACCCUCUACCGCUUGCGCAGGGCAAAUCCUCCCGCCAAAAUAAACAUUCAAAGAUACAUCAGUCAGUCCAGCCAGAUCCACACCACCAAAUAUUUCACCAACUAUUGUUAUCCAUCAAAAAAGUGAUCUGAAGAAAGUGCAGAGGUGGUUUAUCCAGCCUAAAAAUAAAAGGUUAAAGUUACUUCGAGACCAGGCUGAACAAUUUUUGUAAAGACCUCCACUAUCUGCAAAUUUCCAAAAGCUGUACCGGGAGUUGGAAUGGAUAAUUUGGAAUCUGGAGCUGGUAUCAACUCUGGAGGCUCUGAACUCAAAGACUUCACAGGGGUUGGAAUGAAAAGCAAAUGCGGUGGCAAUGAUUUUGAAAGUACAGUGUGCCAUGGAAGCAGUGAUAAAGGAAGGAAGGAAAAUGAGGAGCAUUAUCCUGGAUCAACCUCCACUUAUAUGUCUGUGUUUAACCUGAGCAAUGCCAUCAUUGGCACUGGGCUCUUAGGCUUAUCAUAUGCAAUGGCCAAUACAGGGAUUGCACUAUUUAUGUUCCUUUUAAUUGGUAUCGCUCUGUUGUCACUUUAUUCUAUUCACCUUUUGCUCCAGAUUUCAGUCUUAACAGGUUCCAUGGUUUAUGAAACACUGGGACAACUGGCAUUCGGUAAACCUGGGAAAUUUGCAGUCUUUGGAUCAACAUCACUACAGAACAUCGGAGCAAUCUUGAGUUACCUAUUCGUCGUCAAGAAAGAACUACCAGAGGUCAUCCAGUCCUUUAUGGAUCAAAACAAUUCUGAGGAGUGGUAUGUGGUUGGCAACUACCUUGUUAUACUUGUGACUUUAAUUAUCAUCCUACCCUUGUGCCUACUCAAGAACUUAGGGUACCUUGGAUAUACCAGCGGAUUUUCACUUGCCUGUAUGAUUUUCUUCCUAAUUGUAGUUAUCUAUAAAAAGACACAGCUUCUCUGUCCUUUGGUAUCAACUAAUCCUUCAAGCUUUUCUUGCACAACCGCGUGCACAGCAAAGAGUUUGGUCUUGAAUGAUAAGACAAUUUAUGCUUUGCCGACUAUGGCCUUUGGUUUUGUGUGCCAUCCAUCAGUACUGCCCAUCUACCGUGAACUUGAGAAUCGCACAUGCAGAAAAAUGGAGUAUGUUUCAGCUAUAUCCUUCCUCUCAAUGUUUAUCAUGUACAUGCUGACAGCACUCUUUGGAUAUCUGACCUUCUAUGACCAUGUUAAUCAAGAGCUGCUUCUCUCUUAUGUUGAUCGUAGUGACAAAGUUAUUUUGAUACUUCGCUUAGCUGUAAUAACAGCAGUUGUUCUGACUGUGCCUGUCCUUCUGUUCAGUGUCCGCUCUUCAAUUGUCUUGUUGUUGUUUAAGGGAAAGUUCAGCUGGCUUCGCCAUAUUUUAAUUACAGCCUUUCUUCUAGCUGCCAGUAACCUUUUGGUAAUAUACAUUCCAUCAAUAAUGGAUGUAUUUGCUGUCAUUGGUUCCACUUCUGCUAACAUGUUGAUCUUCAUUCUUCCUGCUUCAUUAUAUUUAAAACUUGCCACACCUCAAAGUAGCCGGCAAAGAAUAGGGGCUAUGGCUUUUCUCGCUGUUGGAAUAAUAUUUAUGUUUGUUACUGUGCCAUUGAUCUUUGUUGAAUGGAACAAAAGAAGCGACAAUAGCACUAUCACGGACAGCUGCCCUGGGCAACACUGACAUCAGCAACAGGAUGAAAAACAAGGCAAGCUUUCUCAACAAGGCAGGAGCCUCUGAAGAUGCUUUGUUUGAAAUGUUAUCUGGUUAGUCAGAAAGUACUGUAUUUCAUGGCUUUUUUGAAGGAUUGUCAUUGAAGGAAAAUGCAUCCCUCUUACAACUUUGAUAACAAUUUGAUCAUAUACUCUUGGACCAUUUUGAAGCCGUAAUCUUCAUAGACAGGCUAUCAUAAGCGGAUUUUAUUUUUGAAAUUGUCACAAAAUUUCGUCGCUGCUAAAAAAAACAAAUUGGAAUACAUUUCCAUUGUAAAUGCAAAAUAAUUCUAUAGAUUUUGUAUGUGCCUAACUGGCAAAUGAAAAUUCCUGAAAAUAUUCAAGUAUUUCCAGAAAUUCUAAAUCUUAAAUUACCAGAAGAAUACAUUUUUUCAGCCUCUUUGCAGGUUAUUUCAUUUUAAUUAGGCAUUUUAAAAGAGGAUUUAUUUUCUAUGAAUGGAUACAAACCUCCUAAAAACUUCUCCCUGCCUUCUCCAUCAGUUACUUUAAUAUGGCACAUCACCAUAAAUUGGGGAAAUUAGAUCCCAGUUAUAAAAUUUGAUUCAAACUACAUCAUUAGAUACAAAGAGAUGAGCACUUAAUACAUUCUUCUUAAAUCCUUCUCUUUGCAAUUUCGAUGGAGACAAAUGGAGCAGUAUUUUUUUUUUGCUGGAGAACUGCAUGACCUAGAUAACAGUGCUUAUCAAAAUUAUGCAUUUUCCAGAUUAUUAUUUGACUGUUACUUAAUUACCCCUAUGUUAGGAAAUACAGUAUCCAGAAUCAUAGACUGGUUACAGCACAGAAGGAGGUCAUUUGGCCUUUAAUAUCCAUACCGCUCUGUGAAAGAGCAAUUCAGCUGAUCCCACUCCCCUGCCCAUACCCCAUAGCCCUGCUCUUCAGGUUCUUUUCCAUUCUCUUUUGAAAGCCACAACUAAAUUUGCUUCCACUACACUCUCAGGCAGUACAUUCCAGAUCCUAGGCACUCGCUAUGUAAAAAGGUUUCUCCUCAUGUGGCCUCUGCUUCUUUUGCCAGUCACCUUAAAUGCAUGUCCAUUGGUUCUCGGACCUUUCAACAAUGGGAACAGUUUCUCACCAUCUACUCUGUCUAGACCCUUCGUCUAGCAAAUCUCCUCUCAACCUUCUCUUUAAGGAGAACAACCCCAGCUUCUCCAAUCUCAAUUAUGUCCAAUAUAAAUGUUGCAGACACUUUCACAGCCAACAAUUUUUCUUCUAAAUGCAAGUGGUAUUUUCAUGUGAGUUUUUUAAAAAUUUGUUCUUGGAUGUGAGCAUUGCUGUCAAGACAAACAUUUAUUGCCCAUCCCUAAUUGCCCUUGAGAAGGUGAUGGUAAGCUGCUUCUUUAACUGCUUCAGUCCUUAUGGUGUAGGUACACCCACAGUGCUGGUAGGGAGGGAGUUCCAGGAUUUUGACCAGUGACAGCAAAGGAACGGUGAUAUAUUGCUAAGUCAGGUUGGUGAGGGACUUAUAGGGAAACUUGCAUGAAAUAAUGCAAUUUAUUUUAGCAUGGGUUACUAGCUAACUAACAAGACUGAGUGAUUUCUGCUAAUGGAUUUGAAAUCCUGCCAAGUACUUGCAUUUUAGAAAAUACUGUACUGAUUUAUUAAUGACCCAACACAUCUGGGACAAGGCCACUACACUCAUGUCAAAGAAGUUAGCUUAUUUCAUUAAAACUGGUGACACUUUCCAAUGUGGAAUGACAAAUGUAGUACAAAUACUGAUCAUAAAUACAAAACAAAAGAUUAUGUUUUUUAUGUCUUUUUUUCAUGUCAUACAAUAAAGAAAUAUUGUGAAUUUUA